AUGGCGCUCCGGUCAAUAAAAUCGAUAGCUGGAAGCUGCCUGUGUUCCAGGCAAAGGCGGUGCGGUAGCAGCGCCGCCAUUUUCCCCGAAGGCAUCUUCCGGCCGCGGGGCGCGAAGGGAUGCAGGAGCCGGGGCGGGGGGAGGCAGGGAGGCCACGGUCCUGGCAGGCGACCAGGGUGCGCAGGUCCCAAACCAGCCCUCAUCUCCUGGUUGGAACGAAACACUGAUGACUGGGAACCGGCUGCUCUAGAUCCGCAGGAGUACCCGAGAGGGCUGACAGUCCAGAGAAAAAGCAGAACCAGAAAGAAGAAUGGGGAAAAGGAAGUAUUCCCGCCUAAGGAGGCACCCCGAAAGGGGAAGCGAGGCCGGAGGCCCAGUAAACCCCGACUGAUUCCCAGGCAGACGUCCGGGGGCCCCAUCUGCCCUGAUUGCGGCUGUACCUUCCCUGAUCAUCAGGCCCUGGAGAGCCACAAGUGCGCCCAGAAUCUAAAAAAGCCUUACCCUUGCCCAGACUGUGGGCGCCGCUUUUCCUAUCCAUCCCUGCUGGUCAGCCACCGGCGGGCACACUCCGGCGAGUGCCCCUAUGUUUGUGACCAGUGUGGCAAACGUUUCUCCCAGCGCAAGAACCUCUCCCAGCACCAGGUCAUCCAUACAGGCGAGAAGCCCUACCACUGCCCUGACUGUGGUCGCUGUUUCCGGAGGAGCCGGUCCUUGGCCAAUCACCGGACCACACACACAGGCGAAAAACCCCACCAGUGCCCUAGCUGCGGACGUCGCUUCGCCUACCCCUCCCUGCUAGCCAUUCACCAGCGUACACACACGGGAGAGAAGCCCUACACCUGCCUCGAGUGCAACCGCCGCUUCCGCCAGCGCACCGCGCUCGUUAUCCACCAGCGCAUCCACACGGGCGAGAAGCCCUACCCGUGCCCGGACUGCGAGCGGCGCUUCUCCUCCUCCUCUCGCCUAGUCAGUCACCGGCGUGUGCACUCUGGGGAGCGUCCCUAUGCCUGCGAGCACUGUGAGGCCCGCUUCUCCCAGCGCAGCACACUGCUCCAGCACCAGCUCUUGCACACGGGAGAGAAGCCCUACCCCUGCCCAGACUGUGGGCGUGCCUUCCGGCGGAGCGGCUCCCUGGCCAUCCAUCGCAGCACGCACACUGAGGAGAAACUGCACGCCUGCGACGACUGUGGCCGGCGCUUUGCCUACCCCUCACUGCUGGCCAGCCACCGGCGCGUGCACUCGGGCGAGCGGCCCUAUGCCUGCGACCUUUGCUCCAAGCGCUUUGCUCAGUGGAGCCACCUGGCCCAGCACCAGCUGCUGCACACGGGGGAGAAGCCUUUCCCCUGCCUCGAGUGUGGCCGGUGCUUCCGCCAGAGGUGGUCUCUGGCUGUCCACAAGUGUAGCCCCAAGGCCCCAAACUGUAGCCCUAGAUCUGCUCUCGGGGGCUCCAGUCAGAGGGGCAAUGCCCAUUAGAAGGGGAAGGACUGCCUACGUUCAUUUCAUUUUAUGGAAGGACCCAGAAAAGGGAAGGAGGAGCCCCAGGUCAUACAGGGCAGAGUCAGAACUAAACCCAGGUCUCCUGCUGGACAGAGCUGAACUUUAGUAUCUUGCACUGCACUGACUGCCUCCCUGUGCAUGUCUGGAACAGUCCCAUUAGGAGAGGUGAUAUCAUUUGGUUAAAGUUUUUCAAGCUACCCUAUCCUUAAAUAGUUUGUCUGGAUAUCAGGGCUAAAAGUUCUCCCCAUCUAUUUUAGGGGCUGUCUGCUUUUCUAGCCUGUGCACACAGGGAUUACCUGUCAUCUUGCAUGCAAUCAGGAGAAUCUGAUUUAUAGGUGCAGGACCUUCCCCUACUCUGCCUCUUCCUCCAUACUAGGUUGGAAAAGUCUGGUUUAGCCCACUUUUUACAACACUCCUGCCAAGUGGUCUCUACCCCUUGCUUGAAAAUCUCCCUUGACAGGGAGCUCACUACCUCACAAGGCAGGUCAUUUCAUUGUGGGAUCUAUAGAAAGUUAAGUACCACAUUCUCAUCUGUAAACCUUGCCUACGACAUGUUUAAUACUUCUACUUGGCAGCCCUUCAGAUAACUUAAUCACAACCAAUUUGCCCCCAAAUUUUCAGGUUAAGUAGCAUGAAUUUGGUCAUUCCUUAAAGACAGGGUUUCAAUUUCCACACAUGAUCUCUGCAAACAGGCUCUGGGUUUUCAGUGUCCUUUUUGAAGGGUCAUGUAAAAAUAAGGUAGCACCCACAGUGCCACUACACCUUCUGGGGCUGGACUUGUUUCAGCAGCUUUGGUUGCACUGAAUUUGGGGGAGCUGCACGGUACCAGCAGUUUAUUGGGAUGCAGAUAUAUAAAUGCCCUAAACUUAAAAAAAAAAAAAGCUAAGUCUUCAUCUUGUGUUUGGAAAAUUGGUUCAAGCUGCGUAUGAGACAUACGCGCAGUCAGCUCUGGGAGAAGGUUGGUCUUAAGGAAAAGCAGGGACCUGUGGUUUAGGAAAUGCAAAUGGGACUGGCUUGUGCUCUACCUGGCAGACCUGGAUUGGCUUCAGGCGGCCAGUGCCUGGAAAAGCCUGGAGAAUUGGGCCAUACUCGACCCGGAUUCUCAUCAGGCACAGAUGAAUCACAGGCACAUAAUCGGCACAGAACUUCCAUGAGGCCUCAGUCAGCAUUUUUUCACAAAAUGAGGUGAGGCCAUUCAAGGAGGCUAGAAAGAGGGAAUUGAACCCAGAGAGAAAGAGUCUAUAGUCAUCAAGUUGUGUCCAUGCCAGCCUCCCUCCAGAGAGGUGGCAACAGUGUGUCUCAAUCUGAUCCACCUCCAUGGCACUCGCCGGGUAGGUGCUUCAUAAAGCUUUACCGCGUUAAAUGUGAACAAGGCCUACCACUUUGCCUUGGGCAGCUGCACCAAAUUAGAAUUUCCAGAUGUGACUCAUAUUCCAACAGCUGGAGUGGGUCAUCCUUUACCCCUGUGGCGCCUUACUACAGCUCUCCUGAUCUGGGCCCAAGCAGGGGAGCAGCUGGGGAACACAGCUUUAUGUAAUUACCUCUGUUCAAUCUUUAGCAAGUUGCAUUGUAACAUUGUAACUAUUUGUUUCUCCUUGGAUGGUGAGCUGCCCCCAAGAAGGGGUCAUAUCAGAUUGGGUCUCAUUAAAAUGUCUGAUGAAUGAA